AUGCCACAAAUUGCCACAUUACUUAUGGAUGAAGGGGAAAGAGAGAGAGACGGAGAAUAUGUGUUGGUUUUAAUGAGGUGACCUCCCUGUGCGUACUUCUCCCUGUUGAAGCUGGCUGGUGUGUUGGAGCCGCGGUGCGUGACAGGUCAGUCUAUUACUGUACUUCUAAAAGCACACUCCUGCUCAGAGGUUCCCUGUUGAGACUAAAAUGAACCUGCCGUCCAGAGAGGAGUGUGAGGGGUGGGACCAGGCGCAAGUAGCCUUCUUUAUGUGCAAGAACAACAUGCAAGAAUGUGCUGCCACCGUAAGCAGACUGAAAAUUAAUGGACACAGGCUUCUGAACCUGUCUGACAGUGACGUGAACAAGUUUAGUCUCAUCCACCAACCGCAGCUUCAGAAGAUUGUUCAAGACAUCAAGAAAAAUGACGGUGGCUUACUGAACAAACUAAGACGGCUGAAAAGCAAACCACUUCCAAAAGUACCUGCGAGAGAUUACAGAGAUGACAGGGAGGAUGAUGAACUGUCUGAACCUGAUUACGAUAAUGACAUGUAUGAGGAUCCACGUGAGGACCAUGAUGACAGCUACGAGCCGCCUCCCAGCCACAAAGACUUCACCACAACUCAGUCAGCUUCCUUCCAAAGGGGGGAGUAUCUUGACAACUGCCGUAACCGGCCCAGCCGGCCACCCAGGAAGCCCCUCCGCCCAGACAAAGCCUCCAAAGAAUUGCCCCCUGAACCCACCCAACUGGGGAGCGAUGAAGAAGACUACAUCAAUCCAGACUGUGGUAACGAUGAUGACAACUACGUAGAACCUGCAGAGCCCCCACCUUCCAAUUCUAUGAUGCAUGGUGGGACCAGAGCAGCGAGGGACCUCCCCAUGUUGCCCACACCUUUACCAGAGCGUCCAUCUAGUCCUGACUUUUAUGAAGUGCCUGACAAAGAGGGAAACUCAUUAUCUCUUCCAGCAAGCAGAUCAGUAUCCCGUCCAAUCCCUACAAAGCAGUCGCAUUCAUUACCACCAAAGCCCAGCCCCAGAUUGAAUAUGGGGAGAUCUCCUACUGCUGUCCAGGAGCCGACAGACGACGAUGAAUAUGAAGUCUGUGAUCCCAGUGAUAGUUCGAGAAAUAAACCUGCAGAGGGUCCACCUAUACUUCGACCCAAACCUUUGCCCAGAGAGAGGUCACCAAAACCACCUUUAAGGCCGAGACCAGAUUUAAAAUUUGACAGCCACACACUGCCUGUGAUGCAAAUGGACCAGAAGCCUCAAUCGAAAGCUUUUUCACUGGACUUCAAACGACCAAAAAUUCCUCUUUUACAGCUGACCUCCCACAAACCUGCUGACAGAGGUGUGUCUGCUGAAAAUGACUCAAUAGACCAAGACAAGGAUGCAGAUGUCUAUAGGAAAACUUGGUAUGCCAGCGAAUGUGACCGCAAGACUGCUGACGAUGUCUUGUGUCGCUCAAACAAAGACGGGGCGUUCAUGGUGAGGAAGAGCUCCGGUCAGGAUGCACAGCAGCCCUACACAUUAGUGGUGUUUUACAAGGGCAGAGUGUACAACAUCCCGAUCCGCUUCAUACCAGCGACUCAGCAGUACGCUCUGGGAAGAGAGAAGAGAGGAGAGGAGUAUUUCAGCAGCGUCUCCCACAUCAUUGAGAACCACCAGAAGCAUCCUCUGGUGUUGAUCGACAGCCAGAGUAACACCAAGGACGCCACCAAACUGUGCUACCCUGCCAGGCCCUAGAUGACCCUUGCUGGUGGUAAACAGCAGACUGAACUUGUGCAUCCCAACCUGCUUACCGUCAGACUGUUGUUCACAGAACUCACUGUGCGACACUUUUCUCCUUCUUCAGUGUUGAUCUGUGGUCCUGUCAGCAGGACUGUAUGCUGGACUUGUCUGCAUUGCUGGCCAUGCAGAGCCAAAAUAGCACUGACUCAGAUGACUUUUUAACUUGUGUUUUAUUAAGAUGUUUUUUUAAUGCUUAGUCAGUAAACAGUGUGUUAAAAUUAAUGCAAGGAAUGAGACGGUGAGGCUGUAGCUGAAGGACGCAGGUAGACAAAGAAUUUGUUUAUGACAGCAAUACUUUGGGGAGCCAAAAAUACAACGUUUUUGUUUUGUUUUUUUAAUAAAACUUUUUUCUGGUGUUGUUAUAACUCAGCUCACAUCUUCAGUCAUCACAAAAUGCGAGCAGGGACUGACAGACUGGUUCAUUUAUUGUCUGGUCAACAAGUAAUGCUAUCAUACUCAUGCAUAGGUGUUGCAUAACAAGAAUUCCUAGGCACUUUGUGAAAAUUCUCAGGUAAUAUUUUACAGUACCUCUAUCUGGACUAUGUACACAAUUAUAAAUCUUUUAUCUAAAUUGAAAAAGUAUACAUACAGUGACUUACUGACACUGAAAUGUGCACUCCAGAAACAGGGAUACAUGCACAAUAUCAGUACAUAUAGGACAGGUAUAUCUGUCCAAUGCUUAUAAUCUAACAAACACACACACACACACACACACACACACACACACACACUGUUCCCUUGCUGUGAAUACUGAGGGAUCAUGGCUGCAUAAGGAAAUAUUGAGCCACAGUAGGACACUGGUUGAGAUUGUCGAAAGCUCAGGCCUGAUAAGGUGAGGUAAUGGGAAAUAUAAAUCCUCCUUUCAUAGUGCAAUUAAAAGAUAAGAUUAUCAUUUCAAGUCAAAAGAGGAAACUUAUUGAGGGAAAAAAAAAACCACAUGAUCAAAUCAUCUAGGCCUCUUGAAUCCAGAUGUAAAGCUCCAGUGUGUAGGAUUUAGUAGCAUGUAGCAGUGAGGUUGCAGAACUAAAACUUCUCCCAUGUGUCAAGCGUGUCGGAGAACUAUGCUAGCCAACGCAAAAACACAAACAGCUGCAUCGAGAGCCAGUGUUGAGUUUGUCCACUCUUGGCUACUACAGAAACAAUGUAGCGCACUCCGCCAUGUCUUAAGAUAUAACCAGCUCAUUCUAAGGUAACAAAAACACAUUAAUUCCUAGUUUCCGGUGAUUAUAAACUAAUGAAAACAAUAUAUUAUAUACCAUAUCUGCCAACAGAUGCCUCUAAAUCCUUCACACUGGACCUUUAAAAAAAACUUUGUUAGUAUUUCAUUGACAUCACAAAACACAGGUUUACUUUUUUUAAAUUAAUCGUGUCUUUAGGGUUAUCUGCCUCCACUUAAUUAAUGCAAGAAAAUAUACCUCUUACAGAUAAUACUAUUAUUUAAACAUAAUUUGGAGUUUAUACAAAAAUUUUACAAAUACACUGAUUCUUCCAAUGGCCCCCAAAAAGCAUCAAGAAAAGCAUAUAAAGGCUAAACCUAAGAGUCAUAAAUAAAUGAUGAAUAAAACAGCUUAUUGUCUUCUCUCUUUUUUUUUUCUUUUUUUUUUUAAACACAGUUUUGGUAUAUCUGAGUAACUUGUGGGUCUCUGCGUCCCAUUCCAUAAACAUAAAUAUGAUAGCUACCACACUGUAGAGCCUACCCGUACAUAAACUGAUUCAUAUAAUUCAGAUGGUAUGGCAAAUAUACAUAUUACAGUGUUCUAUAAAAGAUUCCAUAUGACAGUGUACUUAAAAAUCACCUUAAAUAAAGCUAUUGCGUAGACAAAGUACAAACAAUACAAAGAACUAAAUUAUCAACACCACAUCCUUGUGGCUUUACGAAGAAUCACUAAUGUACGAAGAGUUUGUAUCAAGCUACUCCAACUGUGAGAGAGACAACAGGUAAAUGUUCACCCUGAGAAUGUGAACCCUCCAGGAGGCGUGAGAAUGAUUUGACUCUCCUCUAAACCAACCAAACAAAAUUAAGACUUUAAAAAAAACUGAGGAGACUGGCUGUCACUGUUUCCAUUA